AUGCCUUACACGCCGCCCUCUCACCGAUCUCCCGCCUCCUCAGCGACUGCUUCUCCGGAUGUCAGCCGACGCUCAUCAAUUACCUCCGGCCAGAAGCCUUCGCUCCCUCGCUCAGCCUCGUACCUCAGCAAGAACCGUCGAACACCGUCCGCACCCCCGGCUGUAGAGUCUCACUCUACACCGUCUCCUCCAUAUGGCUCUUCCGACGAAGUCAAGAACGCCGGCACCACUCCUGUGAGCGCCAGCCUCCGCAAGUCACCCCCGCCGGUGACUGACGACCGAGGAAUCCCUAACGCUGCCAUCAUCUCCCCGCCCGACUCUGCCUCGUCGGACAGUGAGGAUGAUAGCCGCCCGGAGAUUCGAGGGAGGAAGUUGGGGAAGCUUAGGGAUGCCGUCAGCCAGAUCCCUCAACCCCGGACACCAUCACCCCCAAGCAAGGACUCGAGGCUAAGCCCUGGCGACGUUACGCCUCGGAGCAUCGUGCACACUAGUUUCAGUGCCAUGAGCCUGAGCGACCUACCCAAGUCGGCACGCCGGGGCCAUGUCCGAUCUGCAACUGAUCCAAAUGUGUCGGCCAUCAUGACAUCUGCCGAGAACUCCCAGACUGUCUCGGAGGACUCGGAGGAUGACUUGAGGCCUAAGCCGCCGAUGGUACGCAAGAAGUCCGGCGAGCUGGUCCGACCGGCUCUCCGUGGACACAAGCGACCCUCGAGCAUGCCUGGCACUCCCGUUUUCGCCAAGGCCGUUCACUUCGACUCUCAUUUGGAGCACAUCCGUCACUUCCUCCAGGUCGACCGACCUUUGGCAGUUAGUGCCGGCUCGUCUCCGGUUGAGAACUACGAGAGUGAGACGGAGUAUCCCUUCCCGGGAGGCGAGAAGAGGACCGUUGCGCGGACACCGCCGUUUGACUGGCAGCUCAUCACCAACAACUUCCCCCACGACUCUCCUUCACGACGAGACCUGCCUGUUCGCCUAGAAAAGGUUUGGCUCUCGCCGGAUCAGAAGUCGAUGCUGGGUUCCGUCGUCGUUUCCAACCUGUCCUACCAGAAGCUGGUUGUCUGCCGCUUCACCUUGGACUACUGGAAAACAACGUCAGAGGUCGUUGCCGAGUUUAGCCACGAGAUCCGCCCCAAGGUCACUCGUGAUGGUCAGGACCGCUUCACCUUCUCCAUCAAGCUGUCAGAUACUGCCAACCUGGAGAUGAAGACUUUGUAUUUCUGCAUUCGCUACAAUGUCAACGGCCAGGAGUAUUGGGACAGCAACGGCUCUGCCAACUUCCAGGUUGAUUUCCGGAAGCAAUUCAAGCCGCAGAACGGUAAGAACGGCUUCCAAGGCGCCCAGUCACGGUCGAGCAACAGUCUGCCGCGGAGCAACCGCAAGCAGACUCCUGUCGCUCCCGGACGGCCCGUGCAGAUGCCUCUUUCGUUUGAUGAUUUUGAUAAAAAACCAAAGUUUAAGUUUGAUGACCAUAUCAACGACUUCUUGGGCGAGUCCAACACUCCCGGCCUUCGCCUCAAGACCAAGUCCACCAGCAACUUGGCCAGUGACAACAUCACCAAGGGUCUGGGCCUGACCGCACCUAGCGGACUGGCCUUUGCCAACCGUUAUGAUUUUGGAGCCUCGCUGAGCGCUGCCGUCCAGGCGGCCAAGGACUCUGCGGCCAAGGACAAGGACGCCCUCUACAUGAAGAGGAAUGUCCGCGACAGCCCUACGCCCAUGAGCUUUGGCCCUCCUCUGAGCGCAAAGUCUGCUUCGCAGCCCAGCCAGCCCGCCGCUGCGCCCGCUGCCGCUGCCGCUGCCGCGGCUGCUAAUGCUGCUCCUUCGUCCAAUGUUGGUCUCGGCCUCGGCCUGUCCAGCUCUUCCUACGAAGAGCUCGUCAGUAAAUACUGCUUUUUUGGUUCGAAGCAAUCGACCACGACGGCGGCGACUAAUGGAACGACCAAGAGCGAAGAGACCGAGGGCAUCAGCCCGACUACGGUGUCAGUGGCGACGAUGGCUCACCCUCUUCACCACACCGGCCCUGCGGCUCACCACAGCCUCCACCACCCCAUUGAUAUGAAGCUCACCCGGCCCCUGACCGCCGAUUACCUCGCGGCAUCACACUCGUCUCCUCUCGACUCUAUAUCCUCCGUCCUCAUCAGCAGGGACCAGUCGUCGACCCCCAAGUCGAUGCCUCACAUGAGGUCGCCUUCGCCGUCCUUUUCCACAUCCCCAACUGAUGCUCCCUUCUUCGCGCAGCAGAUGAUUCAGCAGCGAUUCCGUUGGGGCGCAGAACCUCAUGCCGCUACCGCCAUCCGAGGCUAG